UCUCAUGCUGUGUCUGACAGCAUGAGAACGAGGCUUCCAUUGGAGCCUAUGGAAGUGAGCUCUCGUGAGCGCAAUGCUUUCCAGCAAUGUGAACACGAGCUUGUGUUUACAUUGUGCUCAAUUUGUAAUACCAGUGCAUAUUGUGUGCGCUGAUAUUACUCAGAUGAGUGCAAAUAUCGCUUUCGCUAAAAAAAUAUUUUAUGCAACACUUGUAAUCUAGCCCUACAUUUUUUGGAAAAAGUUGUUUAAAUUUAAAGUUAAACUAAUAAGAAAUUUUUGUUGAUUUGCUUUUAAAAUCAAGAGAAAAAAAUAAAAUCUUAUUUUGUGCUAAAAAAUGCUUAAGUUGAUGGAAGAGGGGGAACUAAAAUUUCAAAAGAUUAUAUCUCUCUCUAUAUAUAAAAACUAUUAGAAAGGUGGAGAAAUUUAGUAAAAAAGAAAAAUGGAAAAAUAACGAUAUAUAAAUGAAUCUUCAGAAAUAUUUGAAUUGGUAUAACAACUUUAUUUAAUACAGCACCUAUCCAAGUCACAUAACAAAUCAUACAAGAAAAUCUUUACUUAAAGGUAUAGAAAACAGAUGACCUAAUUCACAUAUUUAUUUGUUCCUUAAUAAACCAGCAUCAUCUCAGUGUGUUUUAAAAUUAAAUCCAAAAAUAACAAGUAUAUAAAAAUCAUACCGUUAUUUAUUGUAAAUAGUUCACUGCUGCAGAGUCUGAUUCUCCAUUCAAUAAAUGUGUAAUUAGUCCCUCUACGAUUUCUAGUAAAUCACAGUUUACUUCGUAUUCAGCCCCUUUGCACUCAUGAAUAUUAUUUGUUUCUUUCCUUGAUUUACAUAAUAUGUAAUUAGGGGCGUAACAACUAAAUAUAGAUUGACAUGUCAGUAUUUCCUUUGCCAAACUUCCACUGGCCAGUCAGAACAUAGGGGAUGUAGACAGCAGUGUUAAUUUCGUUGACGAAAAUAUUUUCGUCAAAUGUUUUCGUCAGCGGCCGUUUUUAGUGACGAAAAGUUAACGAAAAUUAAGUUAUCAUUAAGUCAAUUGACGAAAAAUAUGACGAAAAUCAAUUCCAAUUUUCGUCAUUGGACGAAACCGAAACGAAAAUGUGAGGGUCUGAGGGAGGGACGUCACCUGAACCUCCGCUUUUUAGUUUCCUCUGAGCUCCACCCACCGCUGUCUGUUAGAGUGAGAUGCACGCAGCCACGCAUGGGAGUCUGGGAGAGAGAGUGAGAGACGCAGGCGCAGCUGCAGGAUCCCUCUGUUUGCCUAAGGGAGUCGGGACUUCUGGAACAACGCCCUGCAGUGCAACUGAGUGCAAACCACAGAAGAGAAGAGGAAGAGUUGGAAUUGGAAUUCCUCCAUGUCUGGAGAGUGGAAAUUGAAUGUGACGUGUCACCAACAGGUAGCAUACACUGCUGCACAAACUGUACAGAUACAGAUGACACUAGUCACAGAAAUGUUAGUGUCUGGGAGAAAGAGAAGAGAAGAUCUAUGGAUGCAUUUUACAUUUGAUGCUAAGGAGAACAAGACCCUUUGCAAACCAUGUGGAGUGGCAAUCACUGGUAAAAAUACAACAAACUUGAAGCGUCAUUUGCAGAUGAGUCAUCCCGAAAUUCAUACAAAGAUACAGAAAACAUCCAAUGAUGGGCCAAGUCAAGCCAGUGCACCACAGCAAAAUAUUUACACAGCUCUUGUAAGUGCUUCAAAAUACAAAAUUGACUCUAAGGAACAACAGGCCAGGGAGGAUGCCAUAGCAAAAUGGAUUGGGCGCACUGGAUUACCAGUCAGAACGAUUGAAGAUGAGGACUUUGUUAACAUGAUGGCGACCGUAGAUAGGAGACUGAGUGUUCCAAAGAAAACUAAAAUAAAUAAUCUGAUUGACAAACAUUAUGAAGAUGAAAAACAAAAAUUCAAAAAGAGACUGGCUGCUGCCCGGAGAGUAUCUAUUUGCACUGAUUUGUGGACAAAAAAAGGACUAACAGCUUCAUUCCUUGGUAUAAGUGCGUGCUACUUUUGUGUUGACCAAAAUAAAGCUGAUCACAUAUUGUUGGCCCUUGAACAAGUAGCACACCCACACACUGCACAGUCAAUCAAAUCAUGUGUGGACAAAUGCUUGCAAGAGUGGGACAUACCAAAGAAGAAGAUCCUUACAGUGAUAACAGACAAUGGGAGUAAUAUGGUGGCAGCAUUUAAACACACCACAGCAGCAGCAGAAGAACCACCCAGCUUUAGUGAGGAAGACUCCCCCAUAACGGAAAGUGACUCUGAGUCGUCUGAGUCUGAAAUUGAUGAUUUGCGGUACCAACAGAUCGACAUGGACCGGACACCGUGUGUGGUGCAUACCUUACAACUUGUGGUCCACAUGGUGCAGAAGGAGGCAAGUGUUAAGAGAAUCCUUGAUAAAGCAAGGUCAGUAGUGAAACUCUUCCGCAAGUCUUCCGUUGCAACACAGAAGAUAUUGGAGCAGUGUGGCCUUAUUGUUUUAAAUGACUGCCCCACACGCUGGUCAAGUACAUUCAACAUGAUCGCACGACUCAUCAAAGUGAAAGACUCGGUCUGCCAAAUCGCAAACAACAUGGGAUGGGACAGCUUUCUCCCUAGUGAAUGGCAAAAGCUCACAUCAUUGCAUGAUCUACUGCUGCCAUUUGCAGAACAUACUAAAACCCUCCAGAGUGACACCAUGUCCAUGUCCCUGGUUGUCCCUGCCCUCUUUGAUCUGCUCAGUCACCUUGAUGACUUUAAACAGAACACUAGCUACCAAGACCUUGCCACAAUUGCACAAAAAAUGAAAGGGAAUGUAAACCAGCGUUUUGCUUCAUUCUUAGAUACAACAGAUGAAAGGUUCUCCCCACUUGCAGCUGCUGCUUGUUUUGUCAACCCUACUGUCUGUGAAACCCUUGUUGAUGUGGCUGAUGAAAAUAUUCAGGAACUUCUUAAACAGGCAGAGGAGUAUGUGAUAAGAAAAUCAGCAUUGCCCCACACACAAGAUGAGGAUCUGUCUGAAGAAGAUGAUGCACUUGCAGUUGCAGAAGAGGAGAAUAUUGAGAAAUCAAAGGAAGAAGCCCCACCAUCCACAUCAAAGCACAGAGUCUUUCGGUUUCUCUCAAAAUGCCGCAGAAGACCCAGGCAGAGGACCUCCCCAAACAACAUAGAGCAGCAGAUCAGAAAAUAUAGGGAGGAAGAGCUUUUGCAACAACCCAUCACUGAUGACGACACUGGAACAGAUUUUUGGCUGUCAAAGAAUGAUACUUUUUAUCACCAGUUAAAACCUUUUGCAUUAGACCUGUUGGCUAUGCCAGCUUCUCAAGCCUUUGCAGAGAGAAUAUUCAGUGUCACAGGUGACCUCUCUCGAGGCCGGCGGAAUAGAGCAAGGGUCAUAUUGGCACGAAGUGCUUUCCUUAAAAUGAAUCGAAACAAAUAGAAAUGUUUUUAUUCUCCAGUUACUUAUAACAUGUUAAGCAUUUUUAGCAUACCUAUACUUGUGGGUUUGGGUUGUGUUUCACUCACUGCUUAUUGCUAUAGGAAGAAUCAAUAAUUCAACAGUUCUAAUUGUCAAAUACAGUGACAGUCAUAGAAAAAAUGCAUAAGGCUAGUGCUACAAUACCAUAAGUGAGUGUGUGUGUGGAUUAGAAUUUCUGUGGAACUAUAAUAACAACCACCACCAAUAAACUCCUCUCUCUCUCUCUCUCUCUCUCUCUCUCUCUUAGCAUUGAUAAUAGAGGUAAAUAUAUCACACUAAAGAAAAAGAAAAAUAGACCAGUAAGUUUAGUUACAGUAACUUUCAAUUAGAUGCAUAUUGUUGCUAUGGAUGAAUCAUGUCAUGUCAAUGAAUCUAGCAGUGAAUAGUAUUCACUCACUCCUGACAGCACUUCCUAAACCUAUACAAACGUCUCAGACAGAUUUAUAAUUAGGCAGAGUAGGCACAUAUCAUUUUUUUACGUCAGGCAGGCCCAGGUUCUGCCCCUAGGGGAGUUGGCAGCAGGACCUCAGCGUAAGGGUUCCCUACCUUGCACCUGUCUACAAUGUGGUGCCAGAAAUGUAAAUCCACUCCAGCCCCUAGUAGAUAGAUAAGCUAUAGGUGCUGUUCACUUGCUGUCAAAUUUAGCACUGAAUAAAUAGUAUUAUCUGCUGUAUUAACAGCACUUCCUAUAGCAACAAUAUGCAUCUCAUUGUAAGUUAGUGGGGUGUUCUUAGUGUGAUACAUAUUUACCUCUAUUGUCAAUGCUUGCUGAGACAGAGAGAGGAGUUAUAAAAAGUGGUGAUUGUUAUAUAGUUCCAUACAGUACAGCUGCUAGCAUUGUAUUUGUAGCCUCUGCACUUUUUCUUUGAAUGUAUCUGAGAAUUAGAAUUGUUGAAAUUUGAAACAAUAAACUGUGAAGAUGUGAAAAAUUGUGAACAGUCCACGUCCAGUGAGUCAGUUAGUAACUGAUUCUUAUUAUAGAAAUAAGCAUUACCCCUCUAGUAUUGGUUAAUUACUUUAGUAGUUAUGCUGUCUGUGCCUUUGCUGCCUGUAGCACUAGCUGGCUGCAGAAUUGUUUUGUUGUGUACGGUUAAGGUUAACAAGUUACUUGAACUGU